AUGGACUCCUCGUCUGUGACCGACCCGUCGCCAGGCGUCUCACCCGAGUCGCCUUUAGCCAAGACUGCCGCAUCAUCCUCCUUCGUGGCCGACUUCCGUUCGCGCAGGCCUGACACCAGCCCUGGAGACGCAUCACCGAGUGCUUUCUUCGAGCUGCAGCGACCUACGACACCCGCGAAGAAAGCACGGAAUCUGAAGAACCUCGGCAUCAAUACCACAACGUCCCUCACGAACCUCCGUGGCCCUACGCCUGCACCCGUGGCCGUCGUGAACAAAGAGAGGAACAGCUCGGCGCCACCCUCUCCACUAUUCAUCAAGCCGCCAACACCACCGAAGAGGCGGCCAUCGAAUCUCAGCUUGACCAUUGGAUCGCCCGGCAGCUCAGAGAGCAAGCCGGCGCGUCUCGUCAUACCGUCUACCCCGUCCUUCAACCGGCCUGCGUUGCGGCACUUCCAGUCGUCUCCAUCAUUGCCCGUAUGCGGAUCAAGCUUGGGUCCCUCAAAUGGCAUGACAUUGCCCGCGUUGCGCCCGCUUGUCACAAAGCCCAGCGGCUUGUCUGAGGUCCCGUUCGAGAUGGAAGAGGAGGAGGAUCAGGAGCAGAACUUUGACAUUCCACAGUCACGCGAGGAAAAGCCCGCAGCGUACCCCAACGGACCAAUUUGCAUAUACGAAGCCGGUGUCUACCUCUACUUCGAGCCCACAACUCAGCAGGCGUGCACUUUCGACGUAAUCAUCAACGUUGCGAGUGAGGUCAAAAACCCUUUCACAUCGCCAACAUCACAGUCGCAAAAAGAUAUUGACGCCAGGAGGAUAGACGGUCCACCAGCUGAGAGUGUCGAUUUCGCAGCUCUUUCGCAACGGGCGAAGCCGACCACAUCUUUCGGCAUGGACGACAAUUCACCGACUACGCCCAAGGCCACACCUGUGAUGCAAACCAUUCAGCCAGGAGAACUGGUCAUUGAUGGCAAGACUUACAAGACUCCCGACGACAUUGUCCCUGAUCUCUACAAGCUUGUGAAGAUUAUGGACGAGAGGGUUCAGCAAGGGAAGCGAGUGUUGAUCCAUUGCCAAUGCGGCGUGAGUCGCUCCGCGAGUUUGAUCGUGGCAUAUGGCCUAUACAAAAAUCCCCAGAUGAGUGUACAAGACGCAUACGACCGAGCGAAGAAGCGAAGCAAGUGGAUCGGCCCGAACAUGAAUCUCAUUAUGCAGCUUCAGGAAUUCCGCAAUGGUCUCUUGAGGGCGAACGACAGCAGAAACCAAGGCUUUGGACGGCGAUCAGCCGGCUUGAACAACGGUAGUAAUCGAUAUUCGGCAUUCGAGACUACGACUUCGGGCUCACGGACACCGCGGACCGCACCGCUACCACCUGAUAGCGACAUGUCCAUGCAGCGAGCAAGUACUGGCAACAUGAUGGCUAUCUCGCCCGGUCCAUUGUCAGCACCAACCGGUGCCUUCUCCACUAGCUUCCGCCGCUCGUGGGAUGUCAGUCAGUCGAACUUCGACCUCCCUUCACAACCGUCUCCAUCAACUAUUCCUUAUGUUGAUCCUGCUGGGCAUGUCGUUCCUGUCUUGUCGAUUACUGCAAAUGAUAUCACCUCUCCAAAGGCAGAUACCACCACGCCUCUCCAAGCGCCUCCGCAAAAGCGUUCAACAUUGCAGCUGCCUUCCGCGGUCCCCAACUUCUCCCGUCAACUGCCACUCAGAGCCCAGGAGGGUUCGGCGGAGGUAACAUCUUCGCACCUAGAAGUGGGCCAGUCUGUCGGUCUUCAGCCGCUGUCUUUCGGUGCUCUCAGAUCGCCGGCUGUGGCAAGCUUUGCCAUGUCACCUUCUUUUGCUCCACAGCAGCAGUUCGAUAGCUCGGAGAUCACAUCUCCUAUCAAGACAUCAUUUGACCACUCAUGGCCAAGUGGUUAUGACACGGAGCCAUCUUCUGACGACAGGAAGUCGGUCGAGGAAGAGCACGAUGCGCGACCUACGCUCGUUUCUCCAAGAUCUUCCGAGUUCCACAUGACCGGACUGAACCACAGUGGCUUCGACGAAUCGUACAACCUGCUCUCGCCGCGUGCUGCAUCUUUCAACCUUGGCGAGACACCGUCGCCUCCAAGGUUUGGUUCUAGUAUCGCUGCUUUCGAUCCAUCCGAUAUUGCGUCGCCUAUUGCAACACAAUUUCCCAAGGAUAUCUUCGGCAAGGAUGAUCACGAUGAAGAGGAGCCAUUGGCGUCACCAAGGGCCGAAGAGUUUCACAUGUCUCCUUUCAAGCCAGAGGUGACCGUAGAUGAGGAUCCGUUUGGCUUGACUUCGCCAACGCGCUUCGACAUUCCUGGCAAUCCCUUCGACAGGCCCCUUCCUCCGGUAAUUCAAGAGGCUCAGCCGCGAGACCGACAGCCAUCAUUCCAGGCCAUUCUUCCACCUGCUCACCAGACGUUCAAUGGUUUUGCAUCACUCGACGGUACAGCACAGGCAGAGCCGACACUUCCAGAGUCGCUCCCGCUGCGCACCCUGGGUACGAGCCAAGAUCUCGGGCACUCGCCACGCAUUGAUAGCGUUAACACCUCUGGCGAGACGAAGAAUGCGCCCACUAUCGAGUCGCCACCGCGUAAUUACGUGCCGAUACCCAAAGCUCCCGAAACACCUCAGUCGCCAAAAGAAGCAUUUCUAUCGACCCCGUCCAAAGGUAUCAAGACACGUUUUUCUUCACCGAACCUACGUGACCAGCGCAAGUUGCAGAAGUUACAGACAGCGAUGGCGUCAAAGUUGCCGAAGAAGGCUCCUGCACCUCAACAUGCUGCGGAUGACAUUGAUGCCUUGAUGUCCCCGCGAGCAGAAGAGUUCACUCGCAAUCCGUUCCACUUCGAACUCCAGGUUACAAGCGAGGACGAUAGCCCGGUGUCUUCGAAUGAGACCAUCAAAGAUGGACGGAAUGGUCACGACUGGACAGACCCGGUACCUCGACAGUGGACUCCCGAGAAGGCUACCGUUGACCCCCGGAGCCCUGUGCAUGCCGGCAGCAGUCCAAUCACACGAAACAUUUGGGACGUUUUAUGA